UUCAAAACCUCGAAAAGAAACACUGACAAAGAAAGAUGAAGAAGAUGAAUGUGGUGGCUUUUGUGACGAUCAUCUCUUAUCUUCUGCUUUCUCAGGCACUUGCAGAGUUGUCUUCAUCCAGCAACGCUGCUGAAAUGUCCUCUGCUUCUCAGAUUCAGACGAACGACGAGAAUCAAGCAGCAGCGUUCAAGAGAACACACCAUCGUCCACGCUUCAAUUGUGGGUAUGCAUGCGCAAGGAGAUGCAGAGAGACGUCAAGGAAGAAAGUGUGUUACAGAGCUUGUGGAAGUUGCUGUGCCAAGUGUCAGUGUGUGCCCCCGGGAACCUCCGGAAACACAGCAGCAUGUCCUUGCUACGCCAAUCUCCGUACACAUGGCAAUAAACUCAAGUGUCCUUAAAAGACUAUAAAAACACUAAAUAUAUGUGUGCUCUCAUCUUCUGAUUAUGUAUGUUUAUUCUUUUGUUAUUGCAUGUGUGACCUUUAUUCCAAUUAUCUUUACAUUAUUCAACUUAAAAACUUGUAACGAUGAUGAAUAAAUAAGAUGAGUGAUUUUAUUAGUUACCAAGUUUUAGACGUGUGGUUUUUAUCCCACUGCAUACGAUAUAAAACAUCAUUUGACUUGUUAAAAAAAAAAAAGAAACAUCAUUUGACAUAUACUCGAUUUCGGAGAUUCCAGUUCCACUAAGACAAAACAAAACAACAAAGUUUCAUUUUCAUAUUAACAUAAAAUCUCCUUACACAUUACCAAACCAAAAAAAAAAAAAAAAA